AUGGGAAAUAUCAUUCCAACCACUACUGGUGCAGAGAAAGCUAUAAAAACUGUGUUGCCCAAGCUGGCCGGUAAGGUUUCUGGUAUUUCAGUUUGGGUGCCAACAGCAAAUGUAUCUAUGGUGGACUUGACUGUCGAAACUGUACAGUCAACAUCUCUCGACGAACUAAUGAUCGAGUUCCGUACUCCAGCUCAACAAGAGCUAUCUGGUAUUCUCCAAGUUGAAGAUGAGGAGUUAGCUUCAGUUGAACUUAAACUCAAUAUCUUCAAGAUUAUUGCGUGGUAUGAUAAUGAAUGGGCUUACUGCUGUAGGCUUCUAGAUAUGCUAGUUUUUAUGAAUAGUCAAGGAUAGAGAUUUGAGAGUUAUGUAAUCAAAGUGGGAAUUGAAACCAAGUUAGUCGAUAGAAUAUAUUGGCUCUCUCGUAAUUCGAUUUGAGUGAUAAUAGUUCUAUAGCUAGAAAAGC